AUGUUGGAGGCUUUAAUGUUGCUAUUGUUCAACAAGGUGGGUUGCACACAUGAACCCUACUUCAUGCUUGAUAGAAGUACUGAAGACAGCACCACGCGGUAUCUUAUCUAUUGUUCUUCUUCUUUCAAACAAGUACAAAAAAUGGGUUUCCGUUUACCUACUAUCCGACGGGCAUCAUUCACAGUAAGACAAGCAACUUCAAAAUCUGAAGACAUACCAAAGGGGUUUUUUGCCGUGUAUGUUGGAGAGAAGCCAAAGCGGUUUGUGAUUCCCAUCUCAUACUUGAACCAACCUUUAUUCCAAGACUUGCUGAGUCAAGCUAAAGAAGAGUUUGGAUAUGAUCAUCCCAUGGGCGGUCUCACAAUUCCUUGCAGUGAAGAUGUGUUCCAACAUACAAUUUCUUGCCUCAAGGGACAAUAA